GAAGCACCCAGAAGUAACGCUCCUGGGUUGGAAGACACGCCAGUCACGUGGUCAGCAGUUCGUGUUUGUUCGAAGUUUCAUAGAUGAUCUUAGUUUAGAAGUAGCGAUACUAGCGAAGGAAGAGCGACGUUGAUAUAUCCAGGAAGGAACACAGAACAGAAGAACCAUACGACAACACUUAGAAACUCAGAAGUAUGUGAGAAGUUGUGAAAAAGAAUUCAGUGACGCAAGACUGAUUUGCUGUUUGCAGUUGGUUUAGAGUUGUACUGUCACAAUCGGAAGUCUAGAUCUAAAUGCCUUACUAGCAGGAUGUCUGAAAAUUCGAAUUCCAAUGAUUCUAACUCCAGCUGGAUCCUUGUAGGUUCUCAGGUUCCUGAACCAGAGCUAGUUGGACCAUUGCAGGAUGUCAUUAAUGACAGUGAUGAGACGCAAGAGCACCUGAGGGACACCAGGCAACCAGCUGUGCCAUUUGAGACUGAAACACUGGACAUGAAGCAGGAAAUUACAGCUGAUUCAGACAAAAAGGAACACAUGGCUGCUGAAGAGAUGGUCACAAGUUCUGCUGCAGAGACUCAGGAAAAAGAAGGAUGUGGAGUGGAAAACCUUACUGCCUCACAGUAUCAGAGUAGUGAAGACGUGGAAAUUCCUAAAGAAGAAGAGACAGAGCCUGCAGGCAGUGAUCCAGGAGCAUUAAUUGGCAAAGCUGAUGAGGAUGUGGAGGAACUGGAGAGCUCCAGCAGUGAUGAGAGUAUGGAAGGGCUAAGAAGAAGGCAAGUUGUGGAGAGGAAUUCUGUACAAACUGCAGAUACCAUUGAGAAGGGAGAAACUGAGUCUGGUGACAGCGGCAUAGAGAUUACUUUAAACAAAUGCAUCAUAGCAGCUAUUCUUCUAGCUUUUGUUGGACUUUCUUUGUUCUCUGGUUCUUCAGAUUGCUCAAUAAAGCCCAUAUUUGGGGAAGCCAUGCCCAUUUUGACCCCAGUCCAUAUUCCCACACGUAUCUUGUUUACUGCAGAAAAUGGUCCAGUGGAAGAUGACUUAAAAAAUCGAGAUGUGAGAGAAGCCAAAGUCACACCAAGUCCAGACACGCAGGCAGAUGCUCAAAACCUCCUAACAAUGACAACACUUCUUGAUAAAUUGGCCAAGGAAAAUCAAGAAAUCAGAUUAAUGCAAGCAGAGCUGCAGACUCAAAAGUCAGAACUGGAAGCACUUAUGAAGAAGAAUGAAGAUGAGAAUUUGACACAAGAUGCUCCACAGCAAAUUCUUGUUCAGGAAAAUGUGCUUCUUAAGGAUUCACUGAAACAGCAAGAGACUGCUUUGUUUAACUUACAGGAGGAACUGGUGUUCUUGAGAGAGAGACUUGGGUCACUAGAAGGGGAAAGCAUAGAUGCAGAGGUCUUUCACUCUGAAAACCAAAAGCUUAAAGAAGAGCUGAAUCUGGGGAAGAAACAAAUCGAGGGUUUUUUAACCCAGAAGGAAGUGUUGAUGGCCGAAUCUCAGAUGCUUCGUCAAGAGCUAGAUAAGCAACGAAGGCUGGUAGAAUCAGUGAAGCAAGAGCUAGAAAAUUUAACAGCAGAAGGUGUUCCAACAACUGAAGGAGGUGACCAGCAGCAGCUCCGAGAUGGGCUAGCAGAAAUGGAAAAGAAGCUUGCCAUGGAGAUUCAACAGUCAGACAGGUGGGUAAAGAAGUAUUUUCAAACCACAGAACAAAGUAAAAUGGAAACCUCUGUCAAGUCUGAAAACAAAAGAGAAACCACUACAGAUACAACCAAAGUACCAAUUGGCCAGUCUUCUGAAAAGAUGAAGAAAUUCUCAGACUCAGAAAAAGGCCAUUUUCCUAGUAGGAGGGAAGAGAAGGUAAAAAACAGAAAUCACAAAGAAUGGACGGAUAAAUAUGAAGAGUGGAAGGGAAAAAAGCAGUCAAAGGGGACUCCUAAAAGAGGUACAGAACAGAGAAGUAAGAGUUAUGAUGAUUGGAAGGAGAAAAAAGAUGGUUGGAAGACUGAAAAUCCUGCAUACUGGAAAAAUAAAGUCUAUGAAAGGCGAUGGGAUAAAAGAAGUGAGCAAUGGAAAGAGAAAAAAACUAAUACUUAUGUGAAACAGAAAGAAUAUGGUGAAAGGAGGUACCAUGAUCAGACAGAUAACACAAAUAAAGCUCACUUAUUACGUACUGCAGGAGUGAAGCAUCAGAAGGAGCAUGAUCACUACCACAUUCACAAAGAAGUAGAAAAGGAUGGGGAAAACAAGUUUUACAAAGACUUUGAAGACAACCAAAAGAAAAAGCUCUGGGAAAAAUCUGAAGACCAGAGUGACAUGGUUCCCAAACAUCGCCACCAUGAUCAUAACAAAUUUUGGAAGGUGAUCUCUGAUCAUCGUUAUAGAGUUCCUCAAGACUGCCAGGGAGUAUCUGACUGUGCUCAAAAAGAAGGCCUGACCUUGUUUGAUGUUGCACUUGAGCCCGUGAAACAACAAGAGUUUGCUCAGUUUACUAAAGAAUACUUGGAGAAGAUGAAUGGCUCGAAGUACCUGGCAGACCUAGAAGCUUUCCUUAGUGGCUUCUUUGAUGAAGGGAUCUUCAUGCAUGACAAAAUGCGAUUUAAAGAUUUUAUUGAUGAUGUAGAAGACUAUUUGGAAGAUAUUGCUAAGAAGGAGCAUGGAAAUGAUGAUGCCGUUGAAGACUUUGAUAACCGAGUCUUAAGUCAUUUCUUUGGAGAAGAAGCUGUAAGAAGCAGCAAAGAGAAACGUAAGAAACAGCAAAAUGUUGACAGGACAGAACAAGCUCACAAGCAGCAUGGGCCACAAUUUCUCAACCAAGAUCAACACCAUAAGCAAAUGGAAAACGUGGAGAAUGCUAGGAAUAAGUAUGAAGAAAAACAGGAGAAAAGCCAUUACCAUCCUAAAUUUGGAAAGCAUCCAUCUGUGUCUUAGGCCAGGAUGUUAAUGUUUUUCAAUAGGAAUAUUUGCCAAGGAUUGUUUUUGUUGCAGCCUGAUGAGUCACCCUGCCAAAAAUAAAAUAAAAAGGUUUGACAUUGUCAUUGAUUUUUAAAUAAAGAUGUGUAAGGUGAGCAUUUCUGAAACUUUUAUUUGCUCAUGUGAAAUUCAUCUUUGCCAAAUAUUAAAUUCAGAACCUUACACGUUUGAAGAAUCAGAUUUUAGAACAGGAUGGACAAAAGAAAGAUCUUUAAAGAAGCUCUGAAACUGAAAAUUUUAAUAUAGUUAAUAGUGUUUUAAUGUACAUAAUUUAAUAUGAACUUUGUGUAAAUAGCACUGUUUUUAAUUUAAAAAAGUGUAUUAUACUUCAUUGCUGGAAUUUCUGCAUGGGAAAAGCUUUUAAAGUAAAAUGUAUUCAAUACCUUGUGUAUUCUGUUAUGUGAAAAACUUGAGACUGUCCUACAAUGUUAAAUUCUGACAUAUGUUUGUAUUGGUGAUUGUUGACUUGUUUUAGGUGUAUAUAGCAACACGUUUCAGAGUAAGCAUUCACAUCACUCCCAGGAAUUAUGGUAUGCUGCAUAAUAAAUGCUUUCGUGCACUACCAAGGAUUUGUGUACAGUACACAUUAAUAUGUUACAAGUGGUUAAUACCAUUUCUGAACUGCAUCCUCCAGUACCUUGUUUAGGCAAAAACGAUUAAAUGUUUUCAUGGCUGUCUUUUAGCCAAAGUUCUAA